AAGCAGCUGGCGCCCGUAAAUAAAUAAAUAGUACAUAGCUCCAUCUCUCACUUGAGCUUUUCUCCAACUCAUCAAGAAAGCUGCAUUCGGCCGCAUUUCACCAGCUGAACUAACACAAUGGCCUCGACUGUUGGAAAGACCAUCACCUGCAAGGCUGCCGUAGCCUGGGAGGCUGGCAAGGAGCUGAGCAUCGAGGACGUCGAAGUUGCUCCUCCCAAGGCCCAUGAAGUCCGCGUGCAGAUUUACUACACCGGCGUCUGCCACACUGAUGCCUACACUCUGUCCGGCAAGGACCCGGAGGGAGCUUUCCCCGUCAUCCUGGGACACGAGGGAGCUGGUAUUGUCGAGUCUGUUGGUGAGGGUGUCACCAACGUGAAGCCCGGUGAUCACGUCGUUGCUCUCUACACACCCGAGUGCAAAGAGUGCAAGUUCUGCAAGUCCGGAAAGACUAACCUCUGCGGCAAGAUCCGAGCUACUCAGGGCAAGGGUGUCAUGCCCGAUGGCACCAGCCGAUUCAAGUGCAAGGGCAAGGAUCUCCUCCACUACAUGGGCACGUCAACUUUCUCUCAGUACACCGUCCUCGCCGAUAUCUCUGUUGUAGCUGUUCAAGCCGACGCACCCAUGGACCGAACUUGUCUCCUAGGUUGCGGCAUCACCACCGGUUACGGCGCAGCCCGCGUCACCGCCAAAGUGGAGGAGGGUUCUAACGUCGCCAUCUUUGGAGCCGGAUGCGUUGGUCUGUCUGUUGUUCAGGGAGCUGCCGUCAACAAGGCCGGCAAGAUCAUCGUGGUGGACGUCAACCCGGCCAAGGAGGAGUGGGCGAAGAAGUUUGGUGCCACCGACUUUGUGAACCCUAAUGAUUUGAAGGGACAGACUAUCGUCGAGAAGCUGCUUGAGAUGACUGACGGCGGCUGCGACUACACGUUUGAUUGCACUGGUAAUGUCAAUGUGAUGCGUGCUGCUCUGGAGGCUUGCCACAAGGGUUGGGGUGAGAGUAUCAUUAUCGGUGUCGCUGCUGCUGGACAGGAGAUUGCCACUCGCCCAUUCCAACUUGUCACUGGCCGUGUCUGGAAGGGCUGCGCGUUUGGCGGCAUCAAGGGCCGCACGCAGCUGCCUGGACUUGUCGACGACUAUCUGUCUGGAGCUCUCAAGGUCGACGAGUUCAUCACACACCGCAAAACGCUUGGUGAGAUUAAUAAUGCGUUUGAGACGAUGAAGCAGGGAGACUGCAUCCGAGCUGUUGUUGAUGCGCGGACCUUGUAACAGGAUGCGCUGAAGGAGGGGCCAGAUCCAAGAGCCACACUUGGUGUCAAAUUGUAAAAUAAAAGGAUUUUAAUUUCAUGAUAAAAGAAGAAGAUGCAAUGAAGAUAGAGAACUGGGGUAGUCAGAAUGUCAGAAGCCAGUUUGUACCUUGAUGGUUACCUCGGUGGAGAAAGAUAUGCACAAGGGUAGUAGUACACAUACAUGUAUGAUGCACCGCAAGUUAUGCAGCCUCCGAUAUUAGAAAAAUAGUCUACACCAAAGUCUUAUAUCUUGGGAUCUUGCAUCGACCCAAGCAAUCGACAGACAAGAGGGGACGGAGCAUCG